UUUUUAAUGUUCUCUCUCGUCUCCCUCCGCUCGCUCGAGCAGCCAGGCUCAGGAGUUUUCAGACCAAAAAUGGAGUAUAAACUAAUCAUGGCAGUCUCCGGCUUCCCGAGUCUCUACGACACAAACUCUCUGACCUACCGGGACCUGACUAUGAGGAGCGACGCGUGGCGACAGGUCGCAGAGAUCGUCGGGGUCCCUGAAUCGGAGUGCAGAAGGAAGUGGAAGACGCUGAGAGACCAGCACAGGAGGGAAAGGCAGCGUGAGAAGGAGAGACGAGAAAGUGGAGUCGGGCUCUUCAACUACAGGCCGUGGAGAUACUCGUCCAUUUUGUCAUUUUUAAAUCCAUUUAUUGAUGCCAGGGCUGCUGGCACCAACGGCUGGGCUCUGGACCCGCAGUCGUCUCAGAUCCAGGUGUCUGAAAUGGUGGGCUGCAGUACGACAACGGAGACGCGGAGCGACGACGACGAGACUUACGGCUUCGCUGUAGCAGACGCCACAACAACAUCAUCAUCAUCGUCCUCAGACUUCAUCCAGAGGAAGCGACUCUCUUCUACCAACUACGACGCCAUCAGACUCAAAGAGGCGAAGAUUGAGGCGAACUCGGGCGCUGCUGUUACAGAGGACGGCGUGCCAACACAACAGCACGCUAACAUGAAGGAGCUGUUUGAGAUGAUGAUGCAGUCAGUCACGUCUCUGGCCACAACUUUAGCACAGUCUUCCUCGCAGUCCUCUGAUCAGACGAUGCCUCCUGCGCAGUCCUCAGUGCUGCAGCCUGACGCGCAGACUCAUCGCAGCCCGACAUCCUGGGCCCCGUCCAGGCUGAACCAGCUGAAGACGGAGGAGCAGGAGGCCGAGGUGGACGAGCUGUUAGUCCAGAGUGACGAUGACGAGGACUGUCGCCCAGUGUCUCCCAGGCCGACCCGGACCAAGAGGAAGAACACCGACGUUUUGCUGGAGGAGUUCCUGAGGAGGAUGGAGGUCAGGGAGGCCCAGAGAGACCGCGACGUGGAUCAGAGAGACGAUGUUACGCUGUUUCUGCUGAGCUUGGCUCCUGCCAUGAGGAGACUCACUGCAGAAAAGCAGUCGAGGGUCAGAACCAAGAUGCAGCAGUUUCUGCAUGAGGCUGAGUUUGGUGCUACAAGUUUUCAGUGAUCCAGAAACAUUUCAUAGUAUACAUUUUUAUAAAUUCUGUGUGGAUCGCAUAUUAAGAAGACUUGGAUAACCUUUAUUUCACUCCUGAGGAAGUUCAUAUAUUUACAUUUUUAUAAACAUGUAGCUGAAUUUAUCCUUCCGUGUUUCAUGUGCUGUUUUUUAAUAAAAUCCUCUUGUCACA